GGACUCUCGACCAUCGUGAUCCAGACCUUGCACGGCCUUCGAGACCUGCCGCCCGGCCUGGUCCUGGUGCUCCUCUGCUUUUGCGGCUGCUUUCUAACGGAGAUCGUGAGCACCUACGUCGUCACCGGAAUCCUUACGCCGAUCAUCAGCGAGCUGGCCGUUGCCAUGAGGGUACAUCCUCUGUACUUCCUGAUGCCAGUGAAGGCCUCCUGUUUGUUUGCCUUCAUGCUGCCCAUCGCAACGGGCGCCAACGCCAUACUUUGCGACAUGGGGCGGUUACGAACCGUUGACAUGAUGAAGAUGGGCUUCGUCAUGAACGUCUGCUGCGUGCUGGUGCACUUGGCGACGGUGCACGCCAUCGGCCCGCUCGUCUUCGACCUCCACACCUUCCCCGCGUGGGCAGCCAGAGAUUUCGGAUUGGGUAGUUCGGCCGCCCUCAACGCCAGCAGUCAAGUGCUGAACAGUACCCUGGCCGAGAUGGCCACGUGACGUCACGCUGUGCGUGGCUCUUGAUUGGUUCACCGCCUCAUCAUCUUGGCAUGUUCCUAUGAACCAUCUCGACGAUUGUGAACAAGCGCGCUUGCCGUCGCGAACCGUGGCCACGGCGCAUGCGCCGGAAGCCCUCUUCGCGUGGCGUCAGAAACACGAGUUGGUGUAUGUAUAUAUGUAUACAUUUAUGAAUUUGAGAUGUACCAAAUAUUGUGAAGUGAAGGCAUUGUUUGGAAAGGCGCUGAGCAGCCAUAUAAAAACGGCCUCGAGUACUUUACGCUGGUGACCGCUUUUGUUUGGAGACGUUGAGAACAAGCCUGAUUUUUUGACUGUACAUAGCUUUCCUACGCUCGCGUGGCAGCACUGAUUUGUACAAUUCUUGUGUUCAUAUUUCCGACGGUGUUGCUACGUUCUUUUUCGCAGAAAUAAAAAGAAAUCUAUACAAGCUCUUUGUAUAGCACGCUUGAGGUUUACGUCA